GGUGGAGCGCACGCGCACAGCGUCACUUCCGGGUUAGGGGGAGGCGUGCCGGUAAAAUCUGAAACACAACAACAGAAGGAACACACCUGUAUGUACUGUACUGUACUCACCUGAGCUUUCUUACAUCUUCCACCGCUACACACCAGGGAUCUCAGUAUGCCGUUCGACGUCAAAAGGUUCGACAUCUACAGGAAGAUACCCAAAGACCUGACACAGCCGACCUUAACUGGAGCUUUAGUGUCGAUCCUGAGCGGUAUGUUCAUCGUCUUCCUGCUGCUGUCUGAGUUCCAUGCCUUCAUCAUGUCCGACAUUAUGAGUGAGCUGUUUGUGGACAACUCUGGUGGUGGGGGAGGGCAGAUCUCAGUCUUCCUCAACAUAUCACUGCCCAGGCUCAAGUGUGAAGUGGUCGGACUGGACAUCCAGGACGAGAUGGGCAGACACGAGGUCGGCUUUGUGGAGGACACAGAAAAAGUACCCGUGAACAACGGACUGGGCUGCAGGUUUGAGGGCAGGUUCUGGAUCAAUAAGGUACCAGGGAACUUCCACAUGUCCACUCACUCUGCUCACGUCCAGCCAGCCAGUCCAGACAUGACACACGUCGUUCACGACCUCAGAUUCGGAGAGGACCUAGCGGCUUUCUUACCAGACCAUAUCAAAGGUAGCUUCAACCCACUGGAUGAAGUGGAGAGGUUACAUGCUAAUGCUCUGUCUUCGCAUGACUAUUUCUUGAAGAUCGUGCCUACCAUCUUCGAGAACAGAAGUGACAAGAAGUCCUUUGCCUUCCAGUACACCUAUGCCUACAAGGACUACAUCUCGUUUGGUCACGGCAAUCGCGUGAUGCCAGCCAUCUGGUUCCGGUAUGACCUGAGCCCCAUCACUGUCAAGUACACGGACAAGAGGAAGCCAUUCUACCACUUCAUCACCACGAUCUGUGCUGUGGUUGGCGGGACCUUCACAGUAGCAGGCAUCAUCGACUCAGUCAUCUUCACAGCAGCGGAGGUCUUCAAAAAGGCAGAACUCGGCAAACUGUCUUGAUGAAUCCUCGGCGACUAAUUUUUUUCUCUGCUAUGUGAUGUACAUUUUCUUCUGGUUUCAACACUUAAGAUUCUAACAUCUCAAGACACACCAUUAAAUUUUACAUCCCAUUCUGGACAAGAUUCGCGAAUUGAGAUUUAAGGAGGCAUGGGAUUUAUCCCGAUACACGAAUCCAGGUAUGAGAGGCUCAAAUCUGGCUACAAGGGGGGUGAUUUCAAUGGAUUGAAUCACGACCUAUCCUGUGCCUGCAUGAAUCCUGAUUUUCAAAUCCUGGUAUAAACACCGUCCUACAAUUUGGUAAACCGAGACGUAUAUGUAACGUCUUUUAACUUCUGACAUGUAACAAGGAGAGUACCUCUAUUCUUCAUUCCUAUUUCUGACAUUCCAACUUCUUUAGCUAUCCAUGUUGACAUCAGUUUACAAAACAUGUAAUUCAGUCUCAGCAUUGCUUUAGAAAAUUUUCAUGCAGGAGGUUGGGGGAGGGGUUGUGAUUAGACAAGUGAUGAUCUAAAUUGUCUGUACUGGAAAUAUAAGCAAUACAGGGUUGUACAUAAAUACCCUAUUGGGUUGCCGGAAAGAGCGGUCCAGAGGUCUAGUCUUCCAACUGCAUCUUUCAGUCAUACACUGUAGAUUUCAAGUUUCAAACACAAUUUUGACAGCUUUUUGAGCCUUGUUUGCAUGUUUCAGCUACUUUGAUUUUGGAGUGCAUUGAGAUUUAAGUCAACUUUCAAGCCAUAAAAUGCAAAGCAAAUUGUUGUAGGU